UCCCUUUUAUGAGCUGCGAGGCGGCGGAGCGGCAGCGGGGGACACCAGGAGGAGCAUUUCUUCCCCGGGGUUUAUGAAUGGCACUGACAUGGAGGAAAUACCGUUUCAGAAAGUCAAGACCAAGAGGAAGAAGUGCUGCCACUGCUGCUGCUCCCCGCCGGCUGCCGCGGCGUCGGGAGCGGGAGCCGGGCUGGGGGACCCCCCUCCCUUGCUGCUGCUGGAUGCCAUCGCCUGCGAGGACGAGUUUGACUGCAAGGAGCUGGAGGCUCUCUUCCAGAGCUACAACCUGAAGCUGGAGCAGACGUCCACCCUCAAGGCGCUGGCCGUCCUCAUUGUGCUCACCGCCAGCCUGGCCCUGGUGGAGCUGCUCUCCGGCCCCAGCCUGACCAUCUCCAAAGGUUCGCACCCAGUGCACUGCAUCAUCUUCCUCUCCCUCUUCAUCGUCACCAAUGUCAAGUACCUGCAGGUCACCCAGCUGCAGCAGAUCGUCAAGCUCACCUUGCUCUUCAGCUUCACCUUCUCCUUCCUCUGCUGCCCCUUCUCGCUCGGCGCCUACGGUAUGGAGCCGCCCAGCGCCCCCGAGCAGGGCAUGUGGCAGCUCAUGCUGGUAACCUUCGUGUCCUACUCGCUGCUGCCCGUCCGGACUCUGCUGGCCAUCGUCUUCGGGCUGGUGGUGUCCGUCUCCCACCUCAUCGUUACCGCCACCUCCGUCAGUGCCAAGAGGCAGCGGCUCUGGAGGACGCUCGUGGCCAAUGCAAUCCUUUUUGUCAGUGUAAAUUUGUAUGGGGUCUUUGUGAGGAUUUUGACAGAAAGGGCUCAGAGGAAGGCAUUCCUUCAGGCCAGGAACUGCAUUGAGGACAGGCUGAGGUUGGAGGAUGAAAAUGAAAAACAGGAACGUCUUUUGAUGAGUCUUUUGCCCAGGAAUGUUGCAAUGGAAAUGAAGGAAGAUUUCCUGAAGCCUCCUGAAAGGAUUUUCCACAAGAUUUACAUUCAAAGGCAUGACAACGUGAGCAUUUUGUUUGCAGACAUUGUGGGGUUUACUAGUUUGGCAUCACAGUGUACUGCUCAAGAGCUAGUGAAGCUGCUGAAUGAGCUUUUUGGAAAAUUUGAUGAAUUAGCUACGGAAAAUCAUUGCAGAAGAAUAAAAAUCCUAGGGGACUGUUACUACUGUGUGUCAGGACUGACCCAGCCCAAAACAGACCACGCCCACUGCUGUGUCGAAAUGGGACUGGAUAUGAUUGACACCAUCACAUCUGUCGCAGAAGCCACAGAGGUUGAUCUCAACAUGAGAGUUGGAUUGCAUACAGGCAGGGUGCUUUGUGGGGUCCUGGGGCUCCGAAAAUGGCAAUAUGAUGUCUGGUCCAAUGAUGUGACUUUAGCUAACGUAAUGGAAGCUGGAGGACUGCCUGGGAAAGUUCACAUUACAAAGACCACCUUAGAGUGCCUAAAUGGGGACUAUGAGGUAGAACCAGGAUAUGGUCAUGAAAGAAAUAGUUUCUUGAAGAAGCAUAAUAUUGAAACGUAUUUUAUUGUGCCAUCCCAUCGUAGGAAGAUAUUUCCUGGACUGAUUCUCUCAGACAUUAAGCCUGCCAAAAGAAUGAAGUUCAAGACAGUCUGCUAUCUGCUUGUUCAGCUCAUGCACUGUCGUAAGAUGUUCAAAGCAGAGAUCCCUUUCUCCAAUGUCAUGACGUGUGAGGAUGAUGAUAAGAGGAGAGCAUUAAGGACAGCCUCUGAAAAACUCAGGAAUCGUUCCUCUUUUUCUACCAACGUUGUAUACAACACUCCAGGAACUCGAGUAAACAGAUACAUCAGCCGCUUGAUAGAGGCCCGGCAAACUGAGUCUGAGAUGGCUGACUUGAACUUCAUUACUCUGAAGUAUAAGCAAAUUGAGCGUGAAAAUAAAUAUCACCAGCUUCAAGACGAGUACUUCACCAGUGCUGUAGUUCUCUCACUAAUUCUAGCUGCCUUAUUUGGCCUUGUCUACCUUCUAAUAAUACCACAGAGUACCGUAGUUCUUGUUCUCCUGGUGUUCUGCAUAUGCUUCCUAGUGGCUUGUAUUAUGUACCUACAUGUCACACGAGUACAAUGUUUUCCAGGGUGCCUGACAAUACAAAUUCGUACCAUUUUGUGUAUUUUUAUUGUGAUCUUAAUAUACUCCGUGGCUCAAGGAUGUGUGGUUGGCUGCAUGCCUUGGGUUUGGAAUACCAAUUCCAGCAGCUCAAUAGUUAUAAUUUCUCCCGGUGGAACAAAUAAAACAAUGAAUGAACUUCCAUGUGACACAGCCCACUAUGCUUUCCUUUCCUGUGUAGUGGGGACUCUCACCUUGGCAAUAUUUCUACGAGUAUCUUCCUUGCCAAAAAUGAUUCUCCUGCUUUUUGUUACCAUUUUGUACAUAGUUAUUCUGGAACUCAGUGGUUACAGAAAAGCAUUGGGGGGUGGCUCCUUUUACAUGCGUGGCUAUGAACCAAUACUAGCUAUUCUGCUUUUUUCUUGUGCUUUGGCUCUACAUUCAAGACAAGUGGACUUGAAACUGCGUCUGGACUACCUCUGGGCUGUACAGGCAGAAGAAGAGAGAGAUGAUAUGGAGAGAGUCAAGCUGGAUAACAAAAGAAUUCUCUUCAACCUGUUGCCAGCACAUGUUGCACAGCACUUUCUUAUGUCUAAUCCAAGAAAUAUGGACCUUUAUUACCAGUCAUAUUCACAAGUAGGAGUGAUGUUUGCUUCCAUCCCAAACUUCAAUGAUUUCUACAUCGAAUUGGACGGCAAUAAUAUGGGAGUGGAAUGUUUACGCCUGUUAAAUGAAAUUAUUGCUGAUUUUGAUGAGCUUAUGGACAAAGAAUAUUAUAAGGACAUAGAAAAGAUCAAGACAAUUGGAAGUACAUAUAUGGCAGCUGUGGGACUCGUACCUACUUCAGGAACUAAGGCUAAAAAAUCAAUUUAUUCCCAUCUGAGUACACUGGCAGAUUUUGCAAUAGAGAUGUUUGACGUUCUUGAUGAGAUCAACUAUCAGUCCUACAAUGAUUUUGUCCUGCGCGUUGGUAUUAAUGUCGGGCCGGUAGUAGCAGGAGUCAUUGGAGCCAGAAGACCACAGUAUGACAUCUGGGGGAACACUGUAAAUGUUGCCAGCCGGAUGGAUAGUACUGGAGUACAGGGAAAAAUUCAGGUGACAGAAGAAGUUCAGCGGAUAUUAAAAAGGUGCAGUUACGAAUUCGUGUGCAGGGGUAAAGUCAGUGUAAAGGGAAAAGGCGAAAUGUUGACCUAUUUCCUGGAAGGAAAGGCUGAUGGAAAUAAUUCCCAAACACGGUCUUUAAACUUAGAGCGGAAAAUGUACCCUUAUGGGAGGGCAAACAUCCAAACAAAACUGGGCACCAGCUGCCCGUCGGUGUCCUCAGCUGCUAGCUUUACUGCAAAACCUGGGCUUGGAGCAGGUCAAGCGUCUGCCACUCACACAAAUCAAACACUGCAUUAUCUUCCUUCUGUGCCGGCUGUGAAGGAGGCAUAGAACAAAGGAGAUUUGGUUGUGCCAUCUGCAGUGAACUUGGAGAGCAGUGGUUGACUGAAUUUUUACCAAGAGGUCAGAGGUCAUAGGCCAUGGCAUUAACCAAGGACCGCUACAACCCAACCAAAGAGAACUUGGGGACUCUGUAACAAACUCUUGGGAUGGAACAUAUAAGGGCUAGCAAUUCUGUUGGGAAAAGUCAAAAGGAGAUUUUCUGGAAAUGAGGAAUAUUUUCGUGGCAUUUUUAAAGGUUAGUUGAAAAAAAUUAGAUAUAUGUGCAAGCAAUUAUUUAUGUGUGUGUGUAUAUAUAUGUUUUAAUCUAUAUAUGCACAUAUACAAACAGUUCUGUGUAGACUUAAUAGAGAUUUAUAGAGAUAAACAAAAAAAUGUGUAUUUAUUUACACAUCCACCUGCAAUGACAUAGUAAAGAGAUUUCUUUCUGUCACAGGCAGCAUUGUUGGGCAUGGGAUUAGAAAAACGUCAUUUCACUGUGGAAUAUGGGGCACCUGGAGACUCUUCAGGGCUACAGCAAGAAUUAGAGAAACUCUGCUCCCAGUGCAUGAGUUAAAGCAAUGAGAACAGUGUUUAUUGUGCUGUCAAUGGCAGGUUAAUGAAGGCUGGAUUCAGCUUAUUACUAAACUCCAUGUUCUCCUUGCAUGCUUCAAAAAUUUCCAAAAAAUUCUGAUCAAAGCAUAACACUAGGAUAUGAAGUAGGUAAACCACACAGCUUAAAGUUUAGGCAAAAGAACAAUAUAUAUUCUUUCCAUUAAAAAAAAAAAAAAAAAAAAGGGUGGUAGAGUUUAGAAGUUACUGCCUCUUUGUAGGUCAUUGGACUCUGUGCAAGACAGAGGAGCCACCCUGCAAGCACAGCAAUAUGCUUAUGCAAUAUAGAAACAUUCCUUUAUGUACAGUGCUGAUUUUAUUGAGGAGCAGAAGGAUGGUAUUAUUUCAGGCUUUUAGAAAUAGCACAGGUCUGGCUCAGUUCCAGGAUUAGCUUUACCUUUCUAAACAGCUCAAAGAAUAGUCCUGUGCUGGUGCCAAAAACGCUGUUGCUAGUUUUGUGACAUUUGUAUGUUUGCCAACAUAAUUUUACAUCUUAACUGAUUUUUAAAUUUAUGCCACAGUUUUAUUAUAUCUUGGUUCUAUCCAGGCUCACUCUUCAAAGCUGUACAAUUAUAGAAAGCUGUAAUUCUGAGAAACAAGCACAGUCAAACUUUGCCCAAAUGAGGAGCAUUGGUAAGGGUGCCAGGAGAGUGAGGCCUGCUCUUAGUCUGCAUUAAAAGGGAACAUAUUUUGACUGCUUUUUUCUUUAAUGCAGCCCACAUCCUAUUGUUCAUGGUUUCAUCUUGAAAUGCUGAUUUGGAUAUGAAAUGUGGAGUGCAUCUCUGUACUCGAGGUGGGGGCAGUGGGAGGUCAUCCUGCUGAGUGGCAUGUACUCUGUAGACAGGUGCCAUACUGUCCUGAUGGGGAUUCACAGGUGAACUAACCUCACUGCUUUCCAAAAGAGGAGCAAAACUUUACAUUGUCUAAAAGAAUGCAAAAUGUCCUUUUAAC